UUUUCCUCCUUGGUCAGGAGCUUCCGAGACGCAGCCAAACAGAACACAUCGUGUCCCUCGGGCAGAGGCGGGCCGUCCCCGGUUGUGGUCUCCUGGGAAGCGCCUUCUUCCCGACCUCAGGCACCCGGGCGCUCUGGUGCUCGGGAUCUGGAGGGCACUAGGACCCGGCGGGGCGGAGGGGCAGCCCAUGUGCUGCGAUUCGCUCCCUCCCAUCCUCUGCUCCCGCUCCAUUGUCUGGGAACUGCAGCCGCGGGCGGGCGGCGGCGGGGACCCAGCCGGCCGGGUCGGGCCGGCGCGGAGCGGGCGCGGGAGAUGCGGGGCCGGAGCGCGGCCACCUGAACCGCCCCGUCUAGUCCCCGCCUUCCGUGGGAAGGAUGUGCGCCCGGAUGGCGGGGCGCGCGGCAGUGCCCCCCCGAGGGCCCUGCGGCCCCUGGCUCUGCCUGCUGGUGGCCCUCGCCCUGGACGUCGUGAGAGUGGACUGUGACCAGGACCCCUUGGACCCUGUCUACCUGCCAGCAGCCUUGGAGCUCCUGGAUGCUCCUGAGCACUUCCGUGUGCAGCAGGUGGGCCGCUACCCACCUGCCAACUCCUCUCUGGGCUCCCGAUCUGAGACUUUUCUGCUCCUGCAGCCCUGGCCCAGGGCCCAGCCACUUCUCCGGGCCUCCUACCCACCUUUUGCCACUCAGCAGGUGGUCCCUCCUCAGGUCACUGAGCCCCACCAACGGCCGGUCCCGUGGGACGUGCGGGCUGUCUCAGUGGAGGCGGCGGUGACUCCAGCGGAGCCCCAUGCCCGGGUCCUCUUCCACCUCAAAGGGCAAGAUUGGCCACCGGGGCCUGGCAGCCUGCCCUGUGCCCGUCUGCACGCCACACACCCUGCAGGCACUGCCCACGGAGCCUGCCGCUUCCAGCCAUCGCUGGGAGCCUGCGUGGUGGAGCUGGAGUUCCCCUCGCACUGGUUCUCGCAGGGCUCCGCCACACGGGCUGAGCUGGCCUACACACUGGAGCCCGCCGCUGAGGGACCUGGGGGCUGUGGCCCCGGAGGGGAGGAGGACCCCGGGGAGCAGGCCCUGCCCGUGGGUGGUGUGGAGCUGCGCCCGGCAGACCCUCCACAGUACCAGGAGGUACCCCUGGAUGAGGCUGUGACUCUGCGGGUGCCCGACGUGCCAGUGCGGCCUGGCCAGCUCUUCAGUGCCACCCUCCUGCUUCGGCACAAUUUCACAGCCAGCCUCUUGACCCUGCGGAUCAAGGUAAAGAAAGGGCUGCACGUGACAGCCGCCCGCCCAGCCCAGCCCACCCUCUGGACUGUCAAGCUGGACCGCUUCAAGGGCUCCAAGCACCACACCACCCUCAUCACCUGCCACCGCGCCGGGCGCACGGGGCCAGACUCCAGUGUCCUCGAACUGUCCGAGUUCCUGUGGGUGGACUUUGUGGUGGAGAAUGGCAUGGGUGGGGCCGUGGCAGUCACUCGCCCCGUCACGUGGCAGCUGGAGUACCCAGGUCAGGCCCCCGAAGCAGAGAAAGACAAAAUGGUGUGGGAAAUCCUGGUGUCAGAGCGGGACAUCAGGGCCCUCAUCCCACUGGCCAAGGCUGAGGAGCUGGUGAAUACGGCACCACUGACUGGAGUGCCCCGGCGUGUCCCCGUGCGCCUUGUCACCGUGGACAGCGGGGGUGCCCUGGUGGAGGUGACAGAGCACAUCGGCUGUGAGUCUGCCAACACACAGGUCCUGCAGGUGUCUGAGGCCUGUGAUGCUGUGUUCGUGGCUGGCAAGGAGAGCCGGGGAGGUCGCGGGGUGCGGGUGGACUUCUGGUGGCGCCGGCUCCGGGCCUCGCUGCGGCUGACCGUGUGGGCCCCGCUGCUGCCCCUGCGCAUUGAGCUGACCGACACCACCCUGGAGCAGGUCCGCGGCUGGAGGGUCCCUGGCCCGGCUGAAGGGCCCGCGGAGCCAGAGGCGGAGGCGGCGGAGGAGGAGCGGCGCGCCCGCGGUUGCCGCCUGCAGUACCAGCGCGCCGGAGUGCGCUUUCUCGCCCCCUUCGCGGCUCACCCGUUGGACGGCGGCCGCCGCCUCACCCACCUGCUCGGCCCCGACUGGCUGCUAGACGUGUCCCACCUCGUGGCACCGCACGCCCAUGUGCUGGACCCGCGUGUAGCCUCGCUGGAGGGCGGCCGCGUCCUGAUGGGCCGGGAGCCGGGUGUCACCUCCAUCGAGGUGCGUUCCCCGCUGUCUGACUCCAUUCUGGGGGAGCAGGCACUGGCUGUGACGGACGACAAAGUCUCGGUGCUGGAACUGCGGGUGCAGCCGGUGAUGGGCAUCUCCUUGGCCCUGAGCCGGGGUACUGCCCACCCUGGGGAGGUCACAGCCACAUGCUGGGCACAGUCAGCCCUUCCCACCCCAAAGCAGGAGGUGGCCCUCUCCCUAUGGCUGUCUUUCUCUGACCACACCCUGGCCCCCGCUGAGCUCUACGACCGUCGUGACCUGGGACUGUCUGUCUCUGCCGAGGAGCCUGGUGCUGUCCUGCCAGGCGAGGAGCAGGGUGCCCAGCUUGGGGUGGUGGUGAGUGGGGCAGGCGCCGAGGGGCUGCCCCUGCACGUGGCUCUGCACCCGCCCGAGCCCUGCCGCCGGGGCCGCCACCGUGUGCCCCUGGCCUCUGGCACUGCCUGGCUGGGGCUGCCUCCUGCCCCCACUCCGGCCCCUGCCCUCCCAUCCAGCCCUGCCCAAAGCCCGCCAGCCACAGAAGCCAGCACAGGUGGUGAGCGGCGGGUGGCAGGCAGUGCGGGGGCCGGCGUGGGUGUGAGGGGCAAGUUUGAGCCUGCUGAGGAGGAGGAGGCCAGGAAGGAGGAGGCAGAAGCCAGGGAGGAGGAAGAGGAGGAAGAGGAGGAGGAGAUGGUCCCCGCCCCUCAGCGUGUCACCGACCUAGAGCUGGGCAUGUACGCCCUGCUGGGAAUCUUCUGUGUAGCCAUCCUCAUCUUCCUGGUCAAUGGGGUGGUCUUCGUGCUGCGGUAUCAGCGCAAAGAGCCUCCCGAUAGUGCCCCCGACCCCGCCUCCCCCCAGCCCCACAACUGGGUCUGGCUGGGCACCGACCAGGAGGAACUGAGCCGCCAGCUGGACCGGCGGUCCCCUGGCCUGCCCAAGGGGGAGGGGGGCUGCCCCUGUGAGAGUGGGGGAGGAGGGGAGGCCCCGACUCAGGCCCCCUGCCCUCCUGGGGGCACCUGCAGCUCCUCGAGCACCCUGGCCCGAAAGGAAGCUGGGGGGCGGCGGAAGCGUGUAGAGUUUGUGACGUUUGCGCCAGCCCCUCCGGCCCAGCUGCCUGAGGAGCCCGUAGGGGGCCCUGCCGUGCAGUCCAUCCUGGUGGCAGGCGAGGAGGAUAUCCGCUGGGUGUGUGAGGACAUGGGGCUGAAGGACCCCGAGGAGCUUCGUAACUACAUGGAGAGGAUCCGGGGCAGCUCCUGACCCUCCCCAGCCCACUUGGCGCAGCAAAUAUGGGGUCCCGGCGAGCUCUAGCCUGCCCUUCCUGCAGGUCCUCCGGUGCUUGUUAUUCAAGUCCCCUGCGUGGUCCUCUGCAAGGCCUCCCACCCAGGCCCCCCGCCCCGCCCCUUGUCAUGGACCAUGGUCAUGAGGAAGGGCUCAUGCCCCUUAUUUAUGGGAACCGUUGCAUUCUAAUGUUGGGUACAGAAUAAACUGAGAAGGAAACCA